AUGUUAGUGUUGGAGUUUGUGUUUGUUGUUAGUGUUUGUCAUUUGUGCUGUAAAAUAUACGUUGACGGUUUUGUAAAGUGUCAAACCAUUAUCUUGGGUAAGGUGGAACGCAGUGCCACCAUAACCAAGAUAACCAUACUAACUCCUUAUAUAAAAUAUGGUCUCCCACUAGGUUUGCUAGCUACAGCAGGAGCAGUUAUGAUGUUGAAAAGAAAUAAAGCAAAUGUUGUAAAUAAUACUGAAGUAGCUGAAGUUAAACAAACUCCAACACCUUCACAAGCAAAACCUUCAAUGACUCCUGAACCUAUGGAAGUACAAACUCCUGUUCAAAAGUCAACUCCAAAACCGACUCCAACAUUUAAACCAGAACCUACUCCUCAAAUAAAUCGUAAAACUCCUGUGUUUCCUUACUGA